UAAUGUUCACCUUCCUCUUUCUUUAUCUCCUCUCCACGCUGUGUAGAGAUGAAGAUGCACAAGAAGAAACAACAGAUGGAUCGAAGCCAAAACCAAAGUUCAUGGCCAACAUUACGGCCCCGAAGAUCCCAGAUGGAGAGAAAGUGGAUUUUGAUGACAUCCACAGGAAGCGUCAGGAGAAGGAUCUGUCUGAGCUGCAGUCUCUGAUCGAAGCUCACUUCAUCCAGAGGAAGAAAGAAGAGGAGGAGCUCAUCGCGCUGGUCAACAGAAUUGAGAAGCGCCGAGCUGAGAGAGCAGAGCAGCAGAGGAUCCGAGCGGAGAAGGAGAAGGAGCGACAGGCCAGACUGGCGGAGGAAAAGGAGAGGAGGGAGCUGGAGAACCAACGGAAGAUGAUGGAUGAGGACGCCAAGAAGAAGAAGGCCCUGUCAAACAUGACUCAGCAGUAUAGUGCUGGCCAGAAGAAUGAGAACAGGAGGGGAGGCAAGAAACAAACGGAAAGGGAGAAGAAAAAGAAGAUCCUGGCAGAGCGCAGGAAGCCUCUCAGUGUCGACCAUCUCAGUGACGAUAAACUCAGAGAGAAGGCCAACGAGCUGUGGCAGUGGCUGAUGUCUCUGGAGGCAGAGAAGUUUGAUCUCAGCGAGAAGCUCAAGAGACAGAAGUACGAUAUCAACCAGCUCCUUGUCAGAGUGCAGGAUCACCAGAGCACCAAGGGUCGCGGCAAGGGAAAGAUGGGUGGACGGCUCCGGUAAAGAGAGGUGGCGAGGGUGCGACAGGUGUGACACUCCACGCCUCCACCAGGGUGACCGUAGUUCUGUGUUAUUGGGUACAUGUGAAUUAUCCAGAUAUCAAAUCAAUA